AUGGACGACGAUGAUGUGGUAAUCUUCCACAAAGUCAUUCGUCAAAGUUUACCAGAAAUGUUGACACUAUUUGUGGUCGACGAUGGAGGUUAUGGAGGAAAUCCAUCAAGUGCAAACCUAGGCAGUCCAAACACUUUUUACCCCGGUGCUGUAAGCUGUGAAAAUCCAAGCACAUUCUUCCCCGACGUUAACGGUGCAAACCCAUAUGAUCCAAGCACACUCUUCCCUACCGGUUGUGCUUAUGGUGUAAAUCAAAGCACUUUCUUCCCUAGUGGGGGCAGUGGUGAAAAUCCAAGCACCUUCUUCCCUUAUGAUGCCGCUGGAAAUUCAUAUUUUGAACAAAAAGUUACUGUUCAACCUGACAGUUAUUUUGUUCAAGAUUUGAACAUGUCUCCGAUGCAGUCUCCCAACCCGUACCGGAUCCGGUCUCCCGAACAGUCAAAACCUUUGUGGGAGGUAGAUAUGACCGAAGAUGUUUCUGUUGCUACCGAAAUUUUGAACAUACCCGAAGACGACGAUAACUCCGAUCCUGAAGAAAUCCAGCCGGUAAGGAAUAGUUUUUGGGGUAUGCCCGACCCAACACCUUGUCCAGACCCAGUUAUCAAAAGUAGACAGGGAAACAUUCCCUACCAGCCUACAUCCCAUGUCAAAGUUCUCCAAACCUUUGACUCGAAGGAAGAACUGAAGCUCGCAGUGGGAUUAAAGUGCAUUCAUGAAAAUUUUCAGAUGAAGGUAAAGAAAUCUUCCAAACACAGGUACGAGGUGGUGUGUCACUCAGAUUCGGACUGUGAUUGGCGUUUAAUGGCUGUCUCCAUCGAUGGUACCAGUAUGUUUCAGGUACGGAAGCUCCACGAUGAACACCCAUGUUCAAGGUCCCAAGUGCACCCAAACCACCGUAAUGCGAAUAAAAAGGUUUUGGGUCAUAUAUUGACAGGGAGUUUAAAGGAUUGUAGGAGAGUGUACCGUGGUAAAGAAAUCAUUGAAGAUGUGAACCAACGGUUCAACAUUAGCAUCUCCUACCACCAAGCAUGGCGAGCAAAGAUGUAUGCCUUGCAACUGUUGAGGGGGACCCAUGAAUCGUCGUUUAACCUACUCCCGGUUUAUUGUCACAAUCUGAAGCUAACAAAUCUGGGGACUGUGACAGAGAUCGCUGUUGAUGGACUUGGACGAUUCGACAUGUUGUUUGUCGCACUCGGUUGUUCGAUUCGAUCGUUUCUAAAACACAUGAGACCGCUUCUUAUAAUGGAAGGUACCCAUCUGAAGGGGCCAUACGUUGGCACCAUGUUCUUAGCGGUUGGCAUGGAUGGAAACAAUGGGAUCGUACCCAUUGCAAUGGGAGUGGGGAAGACAGAAAGUGGCCCGUCAUGGACAUGGUUUUUACGUAAGUUGAGGCAGUGUAUCAGUGAUGUUCCCAAUUUAACCUUCGUAACUGAUAGGGCUGCCUCUAUCGACCUGGCCAUACGAACUGUAUUUCCUAACGCGCACCACGGACUUUGUUGUCGGCAUCUGAGCCAAAACCGCUGCCUAACCUCCACAAAAGACAAAAGGAAACAGUGGAUGUUCUGGGAGGCAUGCAAAGCUUACAGGUUGUCGGACUUUGAAGCAACUAUGGAUUUGAUGCGGCAUAGUCUACCUAGAGCCGCUCAAUAUCUUGAGGAAGUUGGUUACGUUAGAUGGGCACGAUCGCACUUCCCUGGAUUGCGUUACAGUGCAAUGACUUCCAAUAGUGCUGAGUCCGUCAACUCAGUAACGCGGUUUGCACGCUAUCUUCCGAUAAAAAUGUUAGUUGAAUUUUAUCGGGCGACAUUGCAACAAUAG